AUGGAUAAAAGUUGGAUCGAUCUACCCAAUGGUCAUCGUGAAUAUAUCGACGGUUGUAUGGAAUUUAUUGAGUUUGCCAAGCAAGAUCUAGUAGAAGGAAAAAUUAGAUGUCCAUGUAAGAACUGUAAGGUAGAGAAAUGGUUCUCCGUAAAUGAAGUGGAGAGGCAUAUUUUGUUUAAGGGAUUUUAUAAGCCAUAUAAGGAUUGGAUUUUUCAUGGAAAAGGGGAUACGUUUCAGCGUAUGUUUGAGAGUGAUGGAGGGAUUACUAGUGAAGGAUCCCUUGAUAACCAAAGUGGGUUUGUAGGUCGAGAUAAUAUGGGAGGGCUAUUAAGAUCAGCAUUUAGUGUUAAUAUGCCUCCCAAUUUCCCAAAUUUAGAAGCACGAGAGGAUGAUAAAUUGAUUGAGGAGCUCGUGGCCUAUGACACAGAUGUAGAAUAUGAUUAUUCUACAAUAGAAGAAGAUGUGACGUAUAAGAAGUUGCUUGAAGCUUCUGAGGAGAAAUUAUACGAGGGGUGUAUCAAUUUUUCAAAGUUAUCUUUUCUGUUACACUUGUUUCACUUGAAGUGUAUGAAUCACUGGUCCAUAGAAUCUUUCAAUAUGCUGUUGAAGUUAAUUCUAGAUGCAUUUCCUCAAAUACUUGAUUUUCCCUCUUCUUAUUAUUACAGUAAGAAAAUAAUAAAAGACUUGGGCCUUGGGUAUGAAAAGAUUGAUGCUUGUCCGAAUAAUUGCAUGUUGUAUUGGGGUGAAUUUUUAGAGAAAGACAAGUGUCAUGUUUGUGGUACAUCGAGGUGGACGAAAACUAAGGAUAGAGGUGGCGUUGUAAGUGAUCUAGGUACAUAUACUUGUAAGAAAGGUGUGCCAGCUAAGGUAAUGCGAUAUUUCCCUCUUAUACCGAGACUAAAAAGAAUCUACAUGUCAUCAGAAACAGUAGAAGAUAUGAGAUGGAAUGAUAAAGAGCGAUUGGGUGAAGAUGAUAAGAAGAUUUUAAGGCAUCCUUCAGAUGGCUUAGCAUGGAAGGCAUUUGAUGAGCGUCACAAAGAUUUUGCAUUAGACCCUCGUAGUGUUCGAUUAGGUCUUGCGAGUGAUGGUUUUAAUCCUUACCGUUUAAUGAACACCACUUAUAGUACGUGGCCAGUGAUGUUGAUUCCUUAUAAUCUUCCACCAUGGUUCUGUAUGAAAACGUCUUCUUUCAUUCUGUCCACGCUUAUUCCUGGAAAAUCAAGUCCCGGAAAUGAUAUUGACGUGUAUCUGCAGCAAUUAGUGCAUGAAUUGAAAUUGUUGGGGACAGGGGUUGAAGCAUUUGAUGCUUGUGCCGGAGAGAAAUUUAAUUUGCGUGCGGCUUUGCUUUGGACUAUUAAUGACUUUCCCGGCUAUGCAAUGCUCUCUGGUUUGAGCACAAAAGGUUACAAUGCAUGUCCUAUAUGCUUAGAUUCCACGCCUUCUGAUAGAUUUGGGAGCAAGAUUUCCUAUUGUAGCUAUAGAAAAUGGUUACCUGCAGAUCACCCAUAUCGAUGUCAAGGUGCCAAGUUUUGUGAGAAGUUUGGAACUAAUGAGUGGGGUAAAGCCCCAUCUCGUCCUAGCGGCACUGAUAUAUUGAGGCAGCAAGAAAAGUUGAAGCAUGUUUACGGAAAGUCGAAGGCACCACCGAAAAAGAGGCAAAGAGAACAUGAUGAUGACGAUGAUGUCCAAGAUGAAAGUGACUUUGGUACCAAGCUAGAGAAGCAUAUUAUUUGA